UCAGACUUCUCCAUGUUCAGCCCCUGCAGUUGAACAGUUGCUUUGAAGCUCUGUACAAGCUGGUUGGCCAUGCAGGUGAAUGGUUUAUGCCUCUGGAAGCUGCUGCAGUGCAUGGAUCUCAGAGAUCUGUGCGACAGCAAGAAACUCACUGGGAACAUUGCUGCUCCCUGUCUGCCCACUGGACCAACUUGUCUAUAUCCUCUUGGACUUCCACACUCCUCCUCACAGUUUGUAAUGUUGCCAAGUUUUGCAUUAUCUGCCAACUUUGAAAUUUUUUCCUGCACUCCAAAAUCUAGAUCGUUAAUUAAUAUCAGAAAAGGCAAGGCUUCCAAGACAGUCCCCCUGGGGAAUGCCACUGCAAACCUUCCUCCAGCCUGAAAGGUACCCCUUGACCAUUACUCCCUGUUACUCAGCUAAUGUUGUAUCCAUGAUGUUUUCUUCCUUUUAGUCCAUGAGCUAUCACUUCUCUCCUAAGUCUGUUGUAUGACAUGGUAUCAAAUGCCUUCUGGAAAUUAAUGUAUACCAAAUCAACAUUACCCUCAUCUACUCUUUCUGGUACCCGUUCAAAAUACUCCAGCAAGUUAGUCAUUCAUGACUUCCCUUUAGAAAUUCACACUGGCUCUUCUUAGUCAACCCACAUUUUUCCACGUGACUAUCUUGAAUAAAGAUUUCUGGAAGUUACUGAACUUAAAUUGAACAGUGUGUAAUUGCUGAGGUUAUCCUCAUAAGCUUUGUUGCCUGAAUUCUUCAGUGGCCAGCAAUAUGUGAUUCUUCAUUUUAAAUGAUUGUCAUUUCAUAUUAAGAUGGCUAAGCAAACUCUGGAUGGUGAAAGAGAUUAAUAAUAAAAUGUCAGGAGGUGGAGUAAGAUCAAAAUUGUUUCAAACUAAAAAAAAAUACAACUUAUGAUGACAUGUUGAAGUAUUAGUGAUAAGAGGUUCCGGAUGACUGGAAGCCCAUGAUAUUUUCCGACUCCAACAAUUUGUAGAGAAUGCCAAAGCAAACCUUCAAGUGCAUUCAGAGUGACACCAGAAGAAAAUAAUUUUAAAAAGUAGAUUCUCUAAAACAUUGGGAAGUAAAAUUUAAUUUCAUACUUCAGUUUAUUGUACAUUAGUUUGGCAGUGUUCUUUGAAGUGGAUUAUAUUUCGGUUGCCACUGUAUGCUCUGUGUAUUGGAACUUUGAAAAUGAUUUGCAAUGAUGUUGACAGCCAAAUCAGUGAUCCUUAGGGUUCCUUAAUUUAAAGAUUACAAACCUCCAAUUAGUCAUUUAGUUACAUUUGUACAGUGCAGUGUAAUCGAAUGGUACAGAAUUGAAAUUCAGUGUGAUCAUUUGAUACAUGACCUGCAUCCUUUUUCUUCACACCAGCUGAAAAUAUCAUGGAACUGUUGGGAAUCUGAAUUAUAGCUGCAGAUGGUGUGAUACAAGGUCAGCUUUAAACAUCUGAAAAAUGCUAUUGGAUCUGCUGCCCAUUUCCUACAUAUUUCAUUCACAGUUCUGAAGAAUUAAAAUGGUUCCUGGUGACACCAAACAAUUGUAAUCUGGAUAAGCAAAAGUCUUCUGGAUCUACCAACAAUGUUUACCACACAAAAUAUAAUUUCUACCUGGAUAUGGGUGAUGAUAAGUACAUUUAUUAUUGGAGGUGAAUUGAAAUUGCUAUGCCAUGAUGUUGAUUCAACAUCAAAAGUGGUUCAACUACAAUCAAAUAUAUCUCUGUCUUGUGCAUUACGAGAGGAGUGCCUCCAGUUAUUGGAUGCAAAUGCAAGUCACAUAUUUUGGAGAAUGAAUGAUACCCAAAUUUCACGAGAACAAUAUUAUUUCAAUGCAACUGUUUCCUGGGUAACCUUAAAGAGGAUUGAUGCAUUAAGAACCUAUUUGACAUGUCACAUUAACAUCAAAGGAGCACCAAAUAUCCUUCAUCGUUUUGAAAUUGAAGCAGGCUUGCCUCCUGAUAAGCCAAAGAAUAUUUCCUGCAUUUCAUACUGGCGUGUAAACUUUACUUGUUCCUGGGACCAAGGGCGUGAAACCCACCUAAAGACUAAUUUUACAUUAACUAGAAAACGGCAAUUUAUGAAAAAUGAGAUCUGUCCUAACUUGAAGAAGAGCUCGUGUUCUUUUGAAUACCCAGAAUUAGACAUUUUAGGAAACUAUGCAAUUAUUGUAGAGGCACAGAAUGCUCUCGGCAAAGCCUCAUCUGAUCCUUUAGACCUGGACGUUUGGCAUACUUGGAAAACUGAUCCACCUUGGAAUGUAACUGUUCACUCUAUCCUGGGUCAAUCAAGGUCUUUGCUUGUAACAUGGUGCAAACCUAAAAUGGCACCACCAAACCUUCCAUUAUACUAUGAUCUGCAAUACCAAAAAGUUGGUACAAACAAAUGGAUUCAGGUAAAAGAAGAAACAGCUAGUAACACUUCAUUUGUGCUUAAGAACCUCAAACCCUUCACCAACUAUACAGUGGCUGUGCGAUGCAUUGGUAAAGACCAAAUUUACUGGAGUCGAUGGAGCUCAAUGAAAAGUGGAGUAACCCCUGAAGAUAAUCCAUUAACAGGACCCUCUAUUUGGAGAAAAAUUAAAAAUCUUGAUUCUGAGGGAAAGAGAGAAGUGCAUGUUCAGUGGAAGGCAUUAAACAGGUCCAAAGCCAAUGGAAUCAUCUUAGGAUACAGAGUCUGGUAUGAGAAAAGAAGGGAUCGAACAAUCAUACAACAGUUUAAUACAACAUCCUUGAACUCGUCUUUCCUCCUGGCCCGUGAUGCAUACAUGAUAACUGUAAUUGCUUAUAACUCAGCUGGUGAUUCUCCUGAAGCCACUUUGAAAGUUCCAGCAGUAAACCAAAUGGAUGAUCUUCCAGCUGUUCAAGACAUUACAACAACAUCACAGAAUAACCAACUGCUCAUACACUGGAACACUUCAAGGCCACCUGAUGAUGGAUAUGUCAUUGAAUGGUGUUUGAUAUUGAAUGCAAGUCCAUGUGCAGGGCCAUUACAUUGGCAACAUGAGCCCAACACUUCCAAAAUGGCCUACUUACAGGGAGAUUUAGAAAAGUUUAAGCGCUAUAACAUCUCUGUUUAUGCUGUGUACACUGAUGGCGCUGGAAAUCCAUCCUCAAUACCGGCAUAUCUACAGCAAGAUAUUCCAGAAGUAGGCCCAAUUAUUGAUGCUCCACUUGCGAGAGAAACAGAAUGCACAAUUAAAUGGCAUGAAAUCCCAGUGGAAAAGAGGCAUGGAUUCAUCACCAAUUACACCAUUUUUUACAAAUCUGCAAAAGGCGAGGCAGGUGUAACAGUGAAUUCAACAGUCCAUGAAUAUACACUGAAAUCUCUGCAAAAGAAUACUGAUUACACAUUUUAUGUUAUGGCAUCCACAGUGAAGGGAGGCAUGAACAGCACGUUGAAUUCCUUUACAACAAAUGCUCUUGGGCAAAAAGAUAUUGUGGUGAUUCUGGUGCCUGUUCUCGUCAUCUUCCUACUGCUAGUAAAUAUGUUGAUAAUCUGUUUCAACAACAAGCGUAGGAUUGCAAAACACAUUUGGCCUGAUGUGGCAGAUCCAGCAGGUAGCAGUUUAGCUGAUUGGUUUCAUGAACAUCAAUACAAGAAUGAUCAAACCCCAAAAAUACUGAAUCCAGGAAAUGACCACUACACCGACAUCAGCACAGUUGAAGUCUUAUAUCUGCCUGAGGAAAGCCAGCUACAGUCCAUAAAGAAAGACCUGAGUUCACAUCUACACACAGUGGAAGUGGAAUGUCCCCCUACUGUGCCUCCCCAUCAUGAGACCGCUUCAAAUGGUGAAGAGACCAAGUUGUUACAGCAAGCAGAUACAGUUGUGUACACAGUCUUAGAAGAAGGCUACAAGAGUCAAAUCCCUGACUUCUGUCGGUCAUUGUCAAAGCAGCCACUACUUUCAAAUACUUCAGAAAAGAGUACAAGCGAUCAUGAAACUGAAAUAAGUGCACUUGAUGGAGUCGAAGAAAAUUGGUGUCCACAAAAUACUCAUGAAAAUGAUGUAUUUCAACAAAUAACUAAAAUCAACUCAUAUUUGAAUAACUCCUUACACAUGACUGAGUCAAAAAUUGCAUUGGAUUCGGAUAGCUCAAGCAAUUCUCUGAUUGAUAGUUCCUGUAAAGAGGGCAUGAAAGUGCAAGGAGAUGCUGGAACUGUCAAUGUGAAUCCACAGAGUUCUCUUCAAGAUAACCAGCCGAAUAACCCAGUGCAAACUUACAUUACAGUGCAGUUACUUGGAUUAAUGUUAAACAAUGAAAUGUAAUUGACUACUGUGCUGCGCCCAUUUAGAAAUCUCAGUUAUCAGCUCAGUUAUCUCUUUAGUUAUCAGCAUUAAAAAUGAAAAUUUUAUACACAGCUGGCCUGUUGGGAUAUGAAUAGAGGAAAAUAAGUUAAUGUUUCUGCAAUUCUGAGAGAACAUUAACUUAUUUUGUUUCUUUUGGUUUCAUGUCCAAUAUUUUUAUAAUUUUAUAUCGGCAUUAACAGUAUUUUUUAAUUUUAAGCUUGUUUUUAUAUUUGAACCACAACUGUUCUCAAGGAAUUGAACUUUUAUGUCAUGAUUGUCAGAACCAUUACAGGCUAUAUAAGAAAAUAAUUCAUGUAAGAGGCUCACAUUACUAUUGAAAGCACCAUCACAAUAACAAAAUCUGUGUCACAUUAUGAUCUCUGUCCCCAACAGAUAGUUUCAAAAUUGUGGCCAGGGAUGCAGGAACAAUGUAAGCAAAAUAUCAAAGUCUAAAUCAUGUGUUAGAAAACAUUGUGUUUGAAAUCAUAUUCCCUCGUCUAUUGGUGAAACUACACCAGUGCUACACAGGUCUAACAGUGUCACUAUGUGUUGGAGUCAUGUAAUACAUUGAAUAUAUUGAUAUGAAAGUUAACUGGAGAUAAAUAUAUGAAACUCAGGGCACAGGAAAGGUAAAUAAAACAGUGGAUUAUUUCAGGAAAGCAAUACAGUGCAA